AUGGCCGGAAAAUUUCUAAACACAAUCUUAGCUAUUAUAAUGCCACCAUUAUGUGUUUUCAGCAUUAAGGGUUGGGGUAAGCAAUGUUUCUACAGUUGUGUUUUAACUAUAUUGGCUUAUUUCCCAGGUUUGUUAUACGCUUUAUACAUCAUACACAAAUCAUCUGAAUGA